CUUGGAGUCUUGAAAACUGGUAUUGCUAGGCUCCCAUGGCACCUGCUGCCGCAGCCAGAUAGCUACAUGUACUACUACCCUGAGCUAAAUUAAUUGUCGACCGUUCCUCAUGCAGGCACCCGACAAACUUUUGACUCUUUCAUCCAAAGGACUUUUCCUCCCAACAAAACACGAGACCACUCUCACAAUUUUCAGAGCCAGCAAGAGCAAAAAGCAAAACGACAGUUCCAGCCAACCAACACCAUCAUGAGUACCGAGGACAGCAAGAAACCGAAGGAAACCACCAACAAGGAGGAAGAGCCCACUCUUUACAGAGGCAAGUGGACCACUGAAGAAGAUGCAUACGCACACUGCCUCAUUGCCGAGUUCAGGGCCGGGACGUUGGAUAUCCCCAGCGGAACCACCUUGCGAGGAUUCCUUGCUAAGAAGCUUGAAUGUGCCCCCAAGAGAGUGUCCAAGAAGUUCGAGAACAGUGGAUACAACGGGAAGCAGCUUUAUUGUCCCUCUGCCAUUUACAUCUCCAAUUUCGAGUCCGAGUUCCGUAGGCGUAACCUUGAGUUUCUGCGCCAAAGGUUCAUGCUCAGCCGAGGCCGCCCUGUCCCCAAAGAAUCGUUCAAGAAGACCCCUCAAGACUUGAUGUUCGAGAGCUUUCUGGCUGGAAAGACGUUCGAGAACAGGAAUGACACCGCUGCUGGGCUCAAACGCCCCGCGACACUUCUGGCUGAAGACGCAACUUCGCGGUUGCUGGAACUGAGCAGAGGUAUGGGCAACAGCUCGAAUGUUCCUCCAGCUGGCAUGCUUGGAAGCACUCCUCGUUUCGAAACGCUUGCUCGUGACCUUCAUGUGGGAUCUCCGAUUCUUCCGAUGGCUUCCCCCCUCCUCUCCCGCCCAAUGGUCGGUGCCGAUGCCUUUGUCGGUGCCAAUAGACACGGUUUGUCCUCCACUGCCAUGUGCGCCAAGAAUGCAGCCCUCUCCAUGAGGCAGCAGGCCUUGCGCGAUUUGCCUCUGUUGCAGUCUCCUUCUGCUCAUGCAUGGAGCCGUCCGCUCCUGGAACCAUCUGCAUUGGUCAACAGGCCAGCUCGUCAAACCGAAGGUUCGCGCUUGCGAGAAGACUUCUUGUUGCUUCAGCUAUCAAAGCAACACCCUUUUGCAACCCCCUCUGCAACUUCGGCUCACCUCAGGUUCUUGCAGGCCGAAGAGCGGAAACGUCUUGGUGUCAUCAAAGCUGACCCUAGUGGUGACAUCGGCGAUAUGGUUCGACCCGUCAAGCGAGUCAAGAUGUAUUGAGGCUGAGGCUGCUUUCCUUGACACCAACCAUACAUAGGUUGCCACGGCUGGAAAGGCUUCGUGUACGGUCCGAAGAUACCUGAAAGGGCUGUGCGCGGCCAGGAGAUCAAUGCUGGGUAGAGAAUAUAACCACUAUAUAAUUGAAUACAUGUUUCGAAGGGUC